CUUUCACCUUCACAUUCACCAUCCCGAGGUCACCUUCACUUGUAUAGAGCACGCUUGUUCUUCUUAUUCAAUGUCUCAUUCUACUUCCUCCCACAACCACAUAUUAACGCGAUAUCAUCUACAACCAUGUCGAACAAGGAAUUGGAGGAGAAAAUAGCAUAUUAUAAAGAUCAGGAGCUACUCGAUAUUUCCGACGAUGAGAUUGGAUUUCCGGACCCGCCAGUUGUCGCUGUCGAGCGCGCGCUUGCGGACUCUAUGAAAAUGCCUCCGCCUCCGUCGCUAGUCCACCAGAAGACCAGCUACAGCUUCCUAGGUCUCACACCGAAGGCUCAACAAGCAGAGUAUGCCGCCUGGAGACAGCGCGCCGCCGCCCAAGACUCUACCCCCAACCUCACCCGCGCUGCUACAGCGCCUGAAGUGCAAGUCACUCGAAGUUUCCCAUCUGUAAAACCCGGCGACAAGCGGCCGUUGGAGCAACAGACUGGUGACCGGAAGAAGCUCAAGCGCAAUGCAUCAUCGUUGUCAGAUUUGCGUACCAUUACGGAUCAUCCGAGCGUGGAACCCUUUUACAAGCGAUUCGGUGUGGUGCCUCGUGAGCUCAAGGGCGGGAAGAAUGUCAAACCCGCCGAGAAUAUUCGGCUUGAGCCGGAGCACAAGCAGUUACUGAGGGGGAAGAUUGUUUAUUUCUAUCCCAACAACGAUAUCAGCAGCGCCCGUCGACAACGGAUACAUAAAGUCAUUCAGCUUGGAGCUGCUUGGGUGACGACUUGGAGAGAAGAUAUAACCCAUAUUAUAGUGGACGAAUCAAGUACUCCUUAUACUUACAGUCAGGUUUUAAGGAAUAUCAACAAGGCUGGACUGCCGCGCAAAGUGGUUCUAGUCAAGUUUGAGCCAUAUAUACCACAAUGCAUCCAGUUUGGUACCCUUCUGGACCCCACAGCGAGUCGAUUCCAAGUUGCGGGGGCGCCCAAACCCAUUCCACCGAAACAAUCAGUUACCGUGCCUGAGCCGCUAGUGCCGAGUGGUCCGUCGGAGCCGAUCGUGUCAGACUCGUCACAAAUCUCGCUGAAGAUCAAAAAGUCUCGGCGGGAACUAGCAGCCCAGAGCUCACAGAGGACUGAGUCGGUAACUGUGGAGGAUAGCUUCCCUCCUCCACUACCCCCGUCCUCGGAUGGGCCUGCAAGCGCGGCGGUUGAACGCGUGGAAGACAGCUUUGUGUCGUCUGCUGCAGUGCCAAUGUCGCCUCAUGACACACCGGAUCAUACGGACGCCCUCAAUAAGGCUAUAGACCAGAUUAAGGCUGUCGCGCACCUGCCACUGGAUGAAGAGGACGAGUCUGAGACUGCGCUCUCCCGCACCUCAUCGAUCGAUGAGCAGGUCCUAGCUUCAGAUACCGAAGAUGAAGGCCGUCAACCGCUCCCAAAGAAAGCGAAGAAGUUUACAGAGGCUGUGAGGAGCGAUGGGGCCAAGCGCAAGGGGUUCAACCAGCUUGCCUUCCAGUGCAUGGAUCCGAGAGCUACAAAUGCUAAAACUCGCGCGAAUCCGAAUGCCCGAACCGUCCAGAUUCUGGAAGAGAUGUGCAAGUAUUACGAUCAAAUGGGAGACAACUGGCGGACUCUGGCAUAUCGCCGGGCGAUGGGAGUGCUGCGCAAGCAACCUGUCAAGAUCUGUACGAAGGAGCAAGCGGAGGCACUUCCCUUCAUUGGCACUCGGCUUGCUGAGAAGAUUGAAGAAAUUGUUCUCACCGACCGGCUACGGAAGCUAGACAGUACGCGUGAAGACCCGACCGACCAAAUUCUACGACUCUUCAUGGGUAUAUAUGGAGUAGGACUCAGUCAGGCACAUAGAUGGAUACAAGCUGGGCAUCGGACUCUGGAUGAUCUGAAAUCGAAGGUCAAGUUGACGGAGAAUCAGAAGGUGGGCAUUGAGCAUUACGAGGAUUUUGCUCAGCGCAUUCCCCGCGCGGAGGUCGAAGCGCAUGGUGCAUAUGUCCGCAACGCUCUUCAAAAGCUGGAUCCCGGUUUCGAAGUCAUAAUCGGCGGAUCCUACAGGCGUGGCGCUAAAGAUUCGGGAGAUAUUGACCUUAUCAUCACCAAGCGAGGCGCCCCGCUGUGCGUUCUCCAGACGAUUAUCUUCGACAGACUGAUACCCAAACUCACUGGCGCUGGAUUCCUCAAGGCUAGCCUUGCCACCUCACACCGAUACGGUGGAGAAAGCACGAAGUGGCAUGGUGCGUCCUGCUUGCCCUCGUCGACCGUCUGGCGACGGUUGGAUAUGUUGCUUGUGCCCGAAGAGGAGAUGGGUGCUGCCCUCAUUUAUUUUACUGGAAACGACAUCUUCAAUCGAAGUAUCCGUCUUUUGGCUAGCAAAAAGGGAAUGCGUCUCAACCAAAGGGGCUUGUAUAAGGAUUUGGCUCGAGGCAGGAACAGGGAGAAGCUGACGGAGGGCACGUUGGUGGAAGGGAGGAGCGAGAAGAGGAUCUUUGAGAUCUUGGGCGUGCCCUGGAGGCCGCCGACGGAAAGGAUAUGUUGAUCUUGGAUAUCGACAGUUUGGGUGUUUCUGGGGAUUGGCAUUAUUCAAGACAAGGAUAAUAGAGGUCGGAACCGUGUAGGGAUGUCUUACAGCCUCGUAGUUGCAAAUGCUCUUGGCCUUGGAUAGGUCGAAAAGGUUCCCUGAGAGCUCAAACAAUUACUGUCUGAGGCCUCACACAGCCCGUCUGACGUGUCUCUGGUAGGAGAAUGCAAAUAGCGGUGAAUGCGCCUCAUGGAU